UCUUUUUGUAACCUUGCUUGUUGCAGCACCAGCACCAAGACCUGGUUCCGGCGCACACCUGGUUGUCUACUAGAGCUCCUGUGACUGCCAUCGUUUGUUGGUAUCUCACCACUGGCCGAAGUGGAAACAUGGAGUCCUCCGUCCCGAUCGUCAAACGACGAGCUUCAAUUGCUUGUCGCCGAUGCCGGCGCAUGAGGAGUAAAUGUGUCCACGAUCGUGGCCAGCCUCCCUGCAAGGCCUGCUUAGACGCCGGGGUCAAGGAAGGCGGAUGCGUGUUCACGCCACGAGGCCAACCGGAUAAUGAUCGAUGCCACCGGCGUCCGCGCGUUGCUCGCACAAGGACUGCCAAGACGGCUCGACAGGAUCCAGGAGGAGUACGACGUGAGAGUCUUGAUGCUUCCUCGACAGCCCUAGGCACAUUGAGUAACGGAUGGGAAAAUCUACCUCCACUACCAGAGAUCAUUGAUGGUAUAAACCAGUUCACGCGACAUUACUUUCAACUUGGUUUUAUUCCUAAAGAGCAAUUUCCCCAGCGCCUGCUUAAAGAUCGCACGUCGGUUAGCGUCUUUCUCGUUGUCAGUAUUCUUAGCAUUUCAGCUCGCCUCAGUCGUCCUCUAUCAAGGCGGUAUGGGUCUGGCAUAAAGGCGUCUGAGUUUUUCAUGGAGCGGGCGACAGGCAUUGCACUCGGCGAGAUAUUCCCGACCAAAAAUACAUUGGAGAACUGCCAGGCCUUUUAUCUUCUUAGCAUCGCACAACAAGGGAAUGGACUUAAAGAUGAGAGCCAUACGAGCAUGGGCCUUGCUCUUCGAAUCGCAUCUGCAAUCAAGCUGCAUUUAGAACAUACUUAUGCUUAUGAGAAUUCGAACCCUACGCCUGAUGCCAUCAUUCUUCGCGAAUCCGCACGGAGGACUCUGUGGAUGUUACAUAGUCAGGAUCAGCUACACUCAUGCUCCUCCUCGCCCAUCUCUCUCGCUGCUUCGGAUAUCGAUGCCCUACUACCUUGUAAUGAAGAAGACUUCGCCAAUGGGCGAGAGCCUCCUUCGCGGGCCGCUCUUGAAGGGACUCCGCGUGCUAUCAAGGACCCAAGCCUGGUCAAUGAUCCAAACCGGUCUCUUUUCGGCACUCUCAUUCAAGCACAUGGAUUCUGGGGCGUUGUCACACGGGAUGCAGUCAACUAUACUCCUUAUUCUUAUCCAUGGGAUCCAGAGAGCAAGUUUGUCAGAGUCUCCAAAAAGCUUGAUCAGUGGGAAAGGAACUUACCUCCCAGCCAUCAAUGGAGCCGGGCUAGACUGUCUGAAUACAAGGCCAAAGCACAGGAUCUGGCAUAUCUUGGGGUCACAAUGAUUCCGCGCCUUUGCAAUAUUGUUCUUCGUCGGCCAUACUUGGAGUAUAUCCUCACUUCAUCACGCGAAUAUCACCAGCGGCCGUCAGUCUUCGACCAGAUAGCAUGCGACCUUUUCAACAAUGUCCAUAGGCUCUACGAGCAAAUCGACGCCCAGUUUACGGGACGCUCGUCAGAUGAAAGUGUCGGUGCACAAAUGGCUGCCUUUUGUGUUUACACAUGCGGCCUUUUUUCUAUAUAUCUUUGGCGCUAUCCGACCUUCCUGAACAUCACGUAUGACGGGUAUAUGAUGUUUCAACGCAGCCUGGAUAUUCUGAUGGAAUGCAAAGAGGUCUGGCCUCUUGCUUCUCGUUGGGUCGAUGCCUUAAAGCGCUUUGCUCAAGAUCCUGACAGCUCAUUUAAAAGUGAGAAUGGGAUGGCAGAUGGCAAAGACCUCAUCCACAACCCAAUAACUCACCUUCCUGCGACCGCGCCGAUAUCAUCUGGCGCGUCGCCUGCUUCGUCCUUAUACACUCGACAAAGUAAUUCGCUUGCUUCAAGUUCCAUUGCUCUGCAGUCUCCGUCCCCAAACGAUAUCUCUGCCUCCAUAUCUACGACUCAUAUUAUACCCUCUCAUUUUUCUCAACCUCAAAUCCAACAACAGCUACAAAUCCAUUCUCAUCCUCAUCAGCCACCACUAUCGGUAAUAUCACAGCAACAGGCUUUCGUCCCGCCUCAGCUUCAGCCUCAGCUUUACGUGAGUCCUGACAAUAUUGCCAACUUUGACAUGGUCCUUGGGGGCUUUAACCCCAAUGCUGUCCAAGCUUAUCCAAUGGCAUCGCAGGGCAACGCUCCGUUAGCAACCGGCAUUCCAACAGCUAUGGAUAUCACCAGUGGGCCACUAAACCCUCCUCUGGACGGCUUCUUGGACGAGUUGAACUAUUAUUCGUACGGGUCCCAGGACUGGAUACCGACAAGCAAUUUGUUCGAAGGCUAUAAGUAAUUUCUCUUGGCACUGUUUGGGAUCCAAUAUUUGCAAGAAAGAAACGUUGCAAUCUAGUGAUUGUCUUCUAUUCCACCACGCUGGACAGACGGGGCAGCAAAAUGACACGUUUUUUACAGGGUAUGUCAGUCAAAG